GCUCGCCACGGAGCUGGGCGCAAGGCACGCCGACGUCGAGGUGGUCAAGCACUACCCGAGCAGUUCUUUGUUCGAUUCACGCAUCAACACCACUGCGUCGACGCCGUGUCCCGCGGCCAUCUUCGGGGCGCCGGCCACCGCAUCUAUGUGCGCGAGUGGAGGCUCGAGGCGCACGCAGACAACAAGGACCAGCUCCACCACGUUCGCCUCUGCUUGGAAGGCGUCCCGCUGCACGGCUGGAACAACUACAUCGCCACCUUCCUCAUCGGACGUGGGUGCUCCCUCGACUACAUCGAGCAGCGGUCGCUCCGCAAGGAGGACACCAGGGACCUGGCGCUCUGGGCGUGGACGUCGAACCCCAAUGCCAUCCCCAAAGUGAAGUGGUUGACGCUCCCUGCCCGUGGUCACCGCCGCCGUGGGCGACGUGGCCUCCGCCAUCGCGUCAUCAUCCAUCUCGACCUCCACGAAGAUCACUCCAAGGCCAGGGACGAUGACGACAACCCGCCUCCUCCGGAAGUGAAUGAGUUCACCUGGUACAGGAAGGUCGUCGACGGCACCUACAUCCCACGGGAUCGCCGCCCGGCUCAGGGGUGCCCUGAGCGCCGUGCAGACAGACGGGAUGAUGAAGGCGACCGCGACGGGAGGCGUGGUCGGGAUGGUGGACGCCAACGUGAGGGCUGGGGCGCCAAGGUCCGACGCUCACUUUCCCGCAACCCACGUGAGCGCCAAUGCGAGGAGGGCCAGGACCGCACCAGAGACAGGUCCGGCGGACGCCGCCACGUCAGCGCCUUCGCCGCUGCUAUGGCCUUCCCUCCAGUGCGCCCUGCUGCGGCUAUCGUCCUGCGUGGCUCGGGCUCGGGCAGCGAGGCGCCUGUCCGCGCUCUUGAGAUGCUGGAUGCCCAGGAGUCUGUGCCUGCUGCUGCUCGUGGGCGCAGCCCAACACGCCAGGCGUCGCCCCGUGCCUCCAGGCGGCGCUCCCUCGAAGAGAGAACUCCUCCGGCGUCGCCCCCACUGUCUCCCACAACUGUGCUGCCGCCGAGCCCAGCCUCCAAGCGUGCUGAGGCCACAUCUUCCCCGCUGACAGGGGGCUGCCAACCCGGCAGUGCGCGAGCUCUGCUCUCCUACGACGCUUGUACAACCUCUGGUAUCACCCUCCAGGCCCCCUGGCUUCCACUCAUCGCCCACCCCGCCGCUCACCUGUGUCAGACCGCUGCGCCGCACUCCAUCACCUGCUCGUGCUCAUGUCGCUGACGGCUCCCCUGAUGCCCUGGCGCCAAUUUUUGUGGAGCGGCAGAUGGGUAUCCUUGCCCCACCUGAGUCGCCCCCUCCCAGGCCUCCAGUGGCUCGCCGUAAGACUCUGGCUGGAGUCAGGAUCUCUUCCAAAGGCGGCCUCACCUUGCAGAAGAUCAAGCGUACUGGAGCCCCUGGUGUAUCUUCGGUGGCCAAAGUUGCGGAGAAGCUGGUUUGCAGGACGAUGGGAAUCACCAAGAAUGGAGAGGACGUGACAGAGGCAAUCCUGGAGGAGUUCACUUCCAAGUUCAAGGAUCAGCUUGCCCCUGAAGUGAUUCUGGCAAUGAGAGGGUUCUUCCACCUCGACGACGCGGCUGUGAACAAACUUGAAGAUGCUCCGAUCGACCAUGGCGGAGAGGGAGCCAUGGAGCAGGCCCAGGAUGGUGCUGCGAGCCAAGUCAGCCUGGGUUCGCGGCCGGCGGCGGCUUGACAACCAAGUCUGUUUGUUGGGGCACCUUUAGUUCUGAUGUUAGUUUUUCUGCUUAGUAUGAGGUUCGAAGGAGCUUGCCCUGGCUGGGCAAUGUAUGUGGGUCGUACCUGUAGUACGUGUUUAUGCAGUCUUCUUGUCCCUCUCAAGUGUAGUCACUCCCUGAUGGGGUUUCUUCACUUUGACCACGCUCUUGUAAUCUACUCCUGGACAAGUCAAUGUGAUGUUCCCCGUGAUCCA